GGAGAGAGAGAGAGAGAGAGAGAGAGGAAGAGAGAGAGAGAGAGAGAGAGAGAGAGAGAGAGAGAGAGAGAGAAGCAGCCGUGACAGGAAAUUGGGACCCCGCUCUGCCUGGCCAAGAGAAUGACGCUCAGAUGAAAGCAGCGCCAUGCCACUAGAGAGAAAAAAGGAGAGCAAGGCGGAGGGCCAAAGAAAACGAGAACGAGAAGAACGACACAAAGAAAACGGAUGUAACGAUACCGACAUAGGAAGAUAGAACCGCGACAUUGCCAAAGAAAACGAGAAUAUCAACGCCGACAAAGAAAACGGGAAAAUCGCCACCGACAGAGAAAACGGGAAAAUUGGCAUCAACUAAAGGAAAGGCAACAGCGCGCGACCAUGACCUCCUGCAAAAACGCUAGCUUGGACGACUUCGCAGAUGAACGAGUGAACUCCUUGUACUACUGGGUGUAUCAGGUGUCGUUCCCUAUCCUCGUGUUCAUCGGCGUCCUCACCAAUGUCCUCAACCUGGUCGUGCUCACGAGGCCCCCGAUGAGGAACAAGACAUACAGGUGGAUGCGAACGCUGGCCAUCGUGGACAUGGUGCUGUGCCUGCUGACGAUCCCGGUGUGCCUGUCCAACGGGGGCCACGCCGCCACGUCCUACAGCACCGCCUUGUACUACGCGCUGUUCGGUUGGUCCAUGAGCAUCGGCGCGCAGAUCUUCAGCUACUACCUCAUGGUGUGGUUCGCCUACGACCGCUUCCUGGCCGUAUGCCGCCACGCGGAGUACCGGAGCAGCCAGCGGAGGGAGGUGUUCAACCGGCGCGUGGUGGGCACGCUGGCGGGCGUGGCGGCGCUCUACCUGCCGACGGUGCUGGUGGGAGAUCUGUGCCAGGAGGCCUCCGGCAACUGGGUGCCCAUCGACGGCUACUCAGAGGAGAGGAUCAAGGGCUGGUACCGCGUGUACACGUGGGGGCGUGAGGUGAUCUCGCGGCUGGUGCCCGCCGUGCUCAUCACGGUUUGCAACAUCAAGAUCACGCUCAAGCUCCGGCAGCUGCGCAGCGUGCGGGAGAGCUUCAUCAGCGGCAUCUCGCCGGCGCGGCGGGAGAAGGAGCGGCGCCUGGUGUUCCUUCUGUUCUGGAUCACGGCGCUGUUUUUCGUGUACAACACCCCCGUCACCGUGUUCUAUGUAGUGUUUCUCGACCAGAACAUCCUGGACGCACACCACAUCGACCACGCCGACUACGGGGUCCUCGUCUUCGGCUCCCUCAGCAACCUCCUGCAGAUGCUCGGCAACGUGUCCAACUUCGUGCUGUACUUCCUCGUGAACCCGGACUUCCACCGGACGCUGCAGGCAAUGUUCGGCGUCCGCGCGGCCGACGACGCAGCCGACAAAGACAGCUACAGGUCGACUAUCCGCCGAACGCAGUCCGUAAACGCCACGCAGCCGGAGCGCAGCGCCAAGGACGACCUCUCCGACUCCGGCAUCGACCAGCCGACCGACCUGGCGGCGGAGGAAGCGAGGCUGUGAGGGGCACAGCUCCGCCGUCGCCGCCGCCGGGAGGGCGGCUCUCGCUCCCCGACUCGAGGGCGCCGACUGGCCGAGUGUUACUGGCACAAGGCGCUGAUUUGAGCGCCACUCCGCUUGCCUCUCGUCCUCUCGAUAUAUAUAUAUAUAUA